AUGAAGGAGGAGACGAUUACUUCCGGGCUUCGUUUAUUAGGUCCACAAGAAGCUGGGAUUGUGUUUCUUAGCCAGGAGUUGAUUGCAGCUCUUCUUGCAUGUUCCUUCUUUUGUCUGUUCCCUGAAGUUGGCAGACGCUUAAAGCAUCUUCAAGGAAUCAACUUUGAUGAACUGUUUUGGAAAGUUCUUCCUCUGGAGUACAAUCCGACCUAUGUCUCUUAUCCUGAGGCUGAGUACUGGGCCAAAUCCACCACCCCGCUUUGUUCCGUUCAGGUUCACUCCACUGGAGUUAUAGAAGACCAACCCGGUGAAACUCUUGAGGUAGAGUUUGCUGAUGAAUAUUUUGGAGGUCUUACUCUUCGUCAUGGAUGUCUACAGGAAGAAAUAAGAUUCAUGAUGAAUCCAGAACUCAUAGCUGGAAUGUUAUUCUUGCCUCGUAUGGAUAAAAAUGAAGCAAUUGAGAUUGUUGGUGCUGAAAGAUUUACACUAUACACAGGGUUUGGAUCUUCCUUCCAAUUUGCUGGUGAUUACUUAAACAACAAGGAACUAGAAAGGUACAUGAGGCGAAGAACUAGAGUUGUAGCUAUAGAUGCCAUUCCUCGGCCAGGAAGGAGACAGUACAAACCUGAUGGCCUCCUUCGGGAGGUUAACAAGGCUUUUACUGGAUACUUGCAUCAGUGUAAACAUCAAGCGGGUACUCUUCCAUCAUCAGCUUCAGGGAGCCAAGUUGUAGAAUGCUCGGAGAGAUUGUGUAUUGAUCAUGAAGAGAAGAAGAUUGGUGUAGCUACAGGGAACUGGGGUUGUGGUGUGUUUGGAGGCGAUCCAGAAGUAAAGAUCAUGCUUCAGUGGCUUACCAUUUCACAGUCUGGAAGACCAUUCAUGUCGUACUACACAUUUGGACUCCAAGCCUUGCAAAAAGUCAAUCAGGUUGUCAAUCAGGUCUGCAAGAAAUGA